GCCGUGUACACGCGCGAGAAGGAGCUAGGCUGGGAUGAGUUUCGAAUCCCUGGCACUGGUGGCCUCGCACUUGCAACAGUUUUCGCCGGCCUUUGCGGCUCCUCUGCGCGAGCAGUGAUCGAGUCGCCCAUCGAGUAUGCCAAGGUCAAGCGGCAAACUGGCCAGACUUGGCAUUUCAACGAGGUCUACCAGGGCUUCUUUAUGCAGCUGCCCCGAACU